GACGUGCUGAGGGAUGGCGUAGAUGCUUAUCGCUUUGAGCUUCCUGACAAUUUCUUUGACCGCUUCGAAGACCCGAGCACCGACUGUUUUGCCGGUGAUCCAUCAGCGCCCCUUGUGUCUGGUUUGUCUGAUUGCUCACCGUGCUUUUUUAAUUUUCCUAUAGCUGCUUCGGCACCUCAUUUUAUGAAUGGAGAUCCAGUGUUAAUAGAUUCAGUACGAGGUAUGAACCCCCAAAGAGAUAAACAUGGAUCCUACAUUGUUGUGGAACCGAUUACAGGUCUUCCGAUGGAGAGCUGCGCCCGAAUUCAAUCAAAUUUAGUAGUCAGAAAGCUCUCGGGAAUUUCUAAAAAGUUGGAAAGAUUUAGUAAUAUUUCAAUUCCAAUGUUUUGGGCCGAAUAUUAUCAGAAGGAUCUGCCUUGGUAUAUUUACUAUUUCUUAUAUUUUGUUGUAAAUAUUCUACCAGAUCUUCAGAGCUGGAUAAGUUUUAUAAUGGUGACAUCUGGAAUUGGAAUGCUCAUUGCUGGUCUUACUUCAGCUAUGUGUGCAUCAGAAAAAAGAAAAAAUAACUCGUAUAAAUUCUUGGAUUUAACUACAUCCAGUUCUUGCUCUUCAUCAUCGAGUUCAUAAAUAAGAAAAAUAUAGCAGUUAUGUUUCAAAAUUAAAUUAAAUAUUCAUUAACUUCAUGAUGGCAUGAUUUAUAUUAUUUUAAUGUUGAUCUGCCAAAGAUAGAAAAGUUCAAGGUUUGUGGAAACAGAGGCAUAGCUAAGAUCAUGUCUUUAAACAUGGGUUUUAAUUACGAAAAACUGCUACAGGAGUGGAUUAAAAUCAUCAUUACGGUAUCUAAAUCAUGGUGAUGUUUACCAUUACCAUGAUGGUAGGAUAUUUAUACAUUACCUUUUGCAUUUAUUGAUGCAUUAAUGUUAAGGUGGCAGAAGGUAAAAAGUACCUCCUGUAUGGAUUUAAUAUUUUAGAAUGAUGGCUGCCUCAUCUACCCUCUCCUUACCUAAAGGACUAUUCCAAGACUUUAGGGAAUCGUCUCCAUUUCAUUCCAGAAUAUUAUAUAAAGAGUCACUGAAAUAUCGUGAAGAUAAUUAAAUAAUAAUUUUUUAGUGUGUACAUCUGCGAUAUUUGUUUUAUUGAAGAACUUAGAUAUGCAUCUUUCUAUUUGAUUCAACAUUACUGUACCAUUAUCAUUCCUACUUUUUAUACAACUACUUCACAUGUUGAAUGAAAUAAAAAUGAAAUGAGUGAAUUCAAAUCAUUUUUUGUAUUGCAAAUUAAUGGUGACGGCAAUUACUUGAAAAGCAGCUUCCAAUAUGAUCCAUGCAGCAUUCAGUCAGCCUUACUAGUUUUCCUUUUUCUAGUCCUUCAUUUUCUUAAACAAGUGAAGAAAGCUGAGAGAGAGAGUAGCAAUUUCAAAUACCUCAUAUGGUUGAUUUGUUUAUUCAAUUUUGCUAAUUAUUUAAUACUAGUGAAAAUUGAACAUUUUUAUGCUUAAUAAUCCUAAAUGAAGCAACAACGCACGUAUCUCAGCUGGAAAAUAUCACGUGCUCUUUCUUGUUUUUGCGUAUGAAUGGGAUAUUAUUGUUAUUCUAUUUAUUAAUAUAAUUUAAGAAACCUCUGCAUUAUUAGUAUGAUGUGGACUGAUUCCAAAGAAUUUGCUCAAUGUAAAUAAUAUAUAGCUCAAAUGCCCAAGAAAAUGUAAUGUAAAAUUGUUGUUAUAAAUUGUCUAUAGAAUUAUUACAUAAUACAAUUUAUACUGAAAUUUUAAUUUCUUUAUCAUAAUUUAAAACUAAUAUAUAAAUAUUUUACAAUAAUGUUUAUAUUUUCUGCAACAUAUUUUUUCUUUAUUUCAAUUUUUGAAAUUUGUUUAUUGUCCUGCUUAAAGUUUCUGCAAGUAAAUUAGUAAUAGCCCAUGACUUACAAGUUUUUGAUGGAAUUCAUUAUAUGUAAUUGCUGAAGAAAUAGUGCCUACAUGAAAUUUUUAAAAAAAUCCAUCAAUGGUGAUUUCCUUUUGUCCAAUAUCAUAAGGCUGAUUAACCUUGAAAGUCAUUUGAUGUGCUUUGUAAUCACUUUAUCGAUAAAUUAGAAGUGAAUAGUAUUACUCUUGCAAAAUUUAGCAUCUUAUUUAAAGCAAUUAUUAAAACUAGUUUCAAAAAAAGAAUAUUAUUUCAUUUCUUGCCGAAAGACUUAAAAAGAUAAUAAAAUUUAUUUAUAUUUUAGAGCAUAAAUUUGAAGAAUCUUUUACAUUUGUUAUUUAAAUUUUAUUGGAAUUUUGCAUUGGCUGUGAAAAUGUGUCUUUUUCACAAAAGUAUUUAUUUACAAAUUAGGAUUGAUGUGACAAAUGGACAUUUUCUUUUUCCUGUAGUACUUCUUAGUUCAACCUUUUCUUUAUCGUGUAAGAUUUUUUAUGAAACUUGUUACAGAAUAUAUUUAAACUAAAUGUAGAUGGUAAAUUAUUCAAAUUUACUACAAUAUGAGGAAGAGAUUAAUAUAAAAUAUACAAGAAUGUAUCGUUGUACAGCUGGCCAAGUAAUGAAAUGUAACAAUCAUGAAAAUCAUUUUUACAAUUACAAAUGCUAAUUACUGUGAAAAAAAAAUAGAAGUGGAUCUUUACAUUUUCUUGUAAGCUAAUAUUUAAAAGGGUUUUCUGUUUGAAACUAAUAGAAAAUAUAUUUUUUAAACCUAUUUUGUGUGUGGCCAAGUUGGAUUGUGAAUGAUUAACUUGUAAAUUAAGCAUACUAUGAAUCUGCAAUAUUUUUCAAAUGUGUAAUAAUUAGAGGUUAAUAAAUGAUAGUUUGUUCAUUGAAAUAAUAAGGAAACUCUCAUUAUUAUAAAAGCAUUAUUUCCCUCAUUCUUAAAAUGCAAUGAAUUUAGUAAAUUUUUUAGCCAUACGUAUUCAGCUAAAUUUUCUGUUUGGCUAAAUAAAGAAGUAAAAAGUUGGAGCCAUUAUACAACUACAGGCAUUUUGAAAUCAUAGCUGGUGUGAAAGCACCUUGUGUAUGGGGGAAUUCCUUUUUUAAAUUGUGUUAUAUAAUAUUUGUUGUAAAUAAACAAUUUGCACUAUACCUCCAAAAAUAAAUAACAUAAAUUUCCAUCUGAGUCAACAUUAAUAUUUAGUGUUACCAUGCAAUCAAAUAUCAUACAAAUAAUGCUCAAAAAUAUCUUAUUUUUUUAACUACACUUGUGCUACACAAGUGGAAGAUUUGGAGAGAUAAUUAUUCUGAUACUCUAUAAGAAAAUAGAGAAAUAGUAUUAUUUUCCUUGCAUCGAACUGAAUGACAGACUAACUGAAACACUGCAAAAAAGAAGAGAUAAUUUUUAAGAGAGAUGAGAAGAAAGAUUUUUUAAAAUAUUCUUUGUUCAAAUAAGAUUUAAUGCCUGUAAAUGGGUACCUCAUAGUUUGUUGGAGUUACAGUUGCAAAACUUACAACACUUUUAAAUUUCUUCUUCUUUUUUUUUUUUAUCUUCAAAAAGUAUUUUGAAAAUGUAUAUCUACUGAUUUGUUCCUUAAUUACUAGACAUAUAAUUAAUUUUAAAUUGCAAUUUUUUUAUGACAUUUAAACGACUAAUCAUUAUACAACCAUCAUUAAAUAUUAACAAGAACCAUUUAUAUUUUAGAACACAUCACAUCUUUUAUAAGAUUGCAAUAUGAAUAUUUUCUUUAAAAAUGUUGGAAAAUUAAUCCUGAUUGGUGAAAUAUAUAUUUUUCUUGCAGACGUUCUUUGUAGAGUAUAAAUAACAAGUAGUCUAUUAUAGCUUUUAAGUUUUCAUUAUACUAUUAUUGUUAUUAUUAUUGGGUUGUUCUGCUUUUUCUGUUCACUGUAUGCAAGUGUGUAUCCAGGUGGUCAUUUUGGAUGGGGCCAUGAUAAAUUUUUGUUAUAUAAACAUUUGUUAAUAAACUGUAUAUUAUUUCUGUAGUGUAUAUAUCAUUCUAUAUAAUA